GGUAAGAAGAACCCACGUGCGGCUUGCUGGGGAAAAAGAACCCAGGUGCGGCUUGCGCGGGAAAAAGAACCCACGUGCGGCUUGCGCGGGAAGAACCCACGUGCGGUGUGCGCGGCAGAGGGAGAGAGGGAUUGCUAUUGAGAGCCUGUCUGACCUGGAAGACUGCUGCUGAGGAAGGUCAGGCAGCCGAUGGCCAAGCGAAAGGAACGCGAUGAUGACGCCGAUGACGCACCGAGGGAGAGCGCGCGUUUGCGGCCGUCGAUUGUCAAGGACAAAACCAAGCGAUCUGAAUUGAUGGCCAAGCUUCGGCGAGAAAAGACGAAGGAAAAGAAGAAGCGGAUAAAGGAAAGAAAUAAGGCUGAGGAAGAAGCGAUUGCCUUAGGCGAAGAGCUCUUACAAGACGAAGAAGCCGAUGAAUUUGCCGCUCAUUUCAACCGGGUUCAGACACCAAGGGUGCUUAUCACCACAUGCCCGCACCCUCACAAGGUGGUCUAUCCUUUUAUCGGCGAGCUCUUGUGUGUAAUCCCAGAUGCCAUCUACUACAGACGAGCGGGGUACCCCUUAAAGAAGAUCGUCGAGUAUGCGACGAACGGCGACUUCACUGCGAUGAUUGUCAUCCAUGAGAACCGGAAUAGGAUUAAUGGGAUGCUCAUCAUCAGCCUCCCAGAAGGCCCAACAGCACAUUUCAGGGUAUCGAGUGUAGUUCUUGGGAAAAAAAUCAAGGGUCAUGGUCGACCCACACACCAUAAGCCGGAGCUGAUUCUCAAUAACUUCGACACACGUCUAGGACACCGGCUUGGCAGGAUGAUUGCUUCACUGUUUCCGCAAGAUCCUCAAUUCCGGGGCCGUCGAUCAGUUACGUUCCAUAAUCAGAGAGAUUUCAUCUUUUUUCGGCAUCACAGAUUCAUCCAGGAAUGUGGACCGCGGUUUACGCUGAAGCUCAUGAGCAUUCAGAAAGGAACGUUUGACACCAAGCAUGGAGAGUUUGAGUGGAUUCGCAAGGCAUCUCUGGGGAACGGGAGAAAACAGUUCUAUCUGUAAAUGGAGUUGAUUUUCUCAAAAAAAUUGAUGUAAUUUGCUCUUUUCGUGAUUCCCUAUCUCCCUUUGUUGCCUCUCUCUAUCUCUCCGCGUGCAUGGCUGGAAAGCAGUGUAUCUUACCAUGUUCCAGUGAAAGAUUCAUUCCGAUUUUGCUCAUCCUAUCGAUUGAAGUAUCCUCUCUCUAUCUCUCUGCGUGCAUGGCUGGAAAACUAACUCUCUCUCUCUCUCUCUCUCUCUCUCUCUCUCUCUCUCUCUCUCUCUCUC